UACGCUGUAAUCUAAAACAUGUAUAUCGCAUACAUAAAUUCAACGAAAUGCUCAUAUUUCUAUAGAGCUUCUAUACCUAUAUUUGAAUCCGGUGCGUCGUCAUAUAAAAUUGCGAAAUAUUUAGUAAGAUGUCUCGCUGGUUUUACGGGUUUUUUACGAUAUUUAUCUUCGUUUCGACCGAUGUGACCUGUAUCAAGAAUGUCGAAAGCGAGGACCAGUGCAUCGAUUACUACAAAACUGGUGAGAACUUCGAUUUAAACCUGUUAACUGGUGACUGGUACGCGGUGUAUUAUUGGCCACCGAUACAGAGAAGAAGGAGUAGUUGUGAAGUGAUCAAGUUUCAAAAGGCGAAUCAGUCAGAAUUAGAGUCUGGUUGCGAAAAUAAUUUACCGACAGAUACCGCGAUUUUGAAGUCCAGUUAUAAGAAUAAUUCAGGCAAACAAAAGAAUGUGUAUUAUUAUGGCACAGAGGAAGUUAAGCAUCAAAUUCGUUCGUGCAAUCUUGUGUCGAAGUACAUAUUUAUAAAAGUGGAUGAUGAAUACGUGAUGGGAAUCAAUUGUUCGUCAGGUGGCAGAGGGAUUCUUCUCGCAAAAAAACAACCCACAAAUGAGGAAGUACAGGACGUCGUAGAAGAUAUAGACAUUAUGACAGGCCGGCAAGGAAGCCCGGAUUGUCCACUCGCUCGUUAAAUUAAUCUUAGUAAUAAUAUAUUAAUAUAAUUAAAUAUAUAUAUUAAUAUUUAUAUUAUAUUCAGUAAGCUUUCCUAUACAAUAUAUAAAAUGCUUAAAUUA